UCCCCUGCUGCUGAAUCGAAGCGCUUGCAUCUCAUUCGCGAUCUCAUUCUUUCCAAAAUCUCCCUAUUCCAACUCGCAAAAUGGGUAUUGAGAAGUUUAAGGAGUUCAUGGCGAACAAAGUAGCAAAUGCUGACAAAAAAGAAACCUGGGUACAGCUUGCUAAACUGACUGAACAGGCAGAAAGAUAUGACGAAAUGGUGGAAGCUUGUAAAAAGAUCAUAGAAUGUUCUGGAGGCAAGCUUGAAGAAGAAGAGAGAAACCUGGUGUCUGUGGCUUACAAGAAUGUUGUUGGGGUUCAGAGGAGUGCGUAUCGAGUCAUUCAUAGUAUUGCGCAGAAGGGGUGCAACAGUGAAAAGAAGACUGCUGAUGUGCAGAAAUAUUUGGAGAUUCUCCGUAGUGAAUUGAACCAGCUGUGUAAUGAAGUAAUUGAACUGCUUGAGAAGACACUUGUAGCUAAUGCAGCUGAUGAUCACAGCAAGGUCUUCUACCUUAAAAUGAAGGGAGAUUACCACCGCUACUUGACGGAAUGUGCCAAGCCAGAAGAGAGGGAUGCAUUAUCAGAAAAAAGUAAAAUAGCCUAUUCUGAAGCCAUGGAGACUGCCAAGGAAAAAAUGCGAGCUACCCAUCCCAUUCGGUUAGGCCUUGCCCUUAAUUAUUCAGUGUAUUACUAUGAGAUCGCUGAAGACUGUGCAACUGCCUGUGAACUAGCCAAACAAGCUUUCGACGAUGCCAUCAAUGAUAUUGACUCGAUAUCAGAUGACCAGCACUCGUACAAAGAUUCUACGCUUAUCAUGCAGCUUCUUCGAGAUAACUUAACCUUGUGGAAGUCUGAGACUGGUGAACCAGAAGAAGUCGAUAAACAAGAGUAAAUGAUGCCAUCAUCUCUGUACCGUUUCCUUAUGAAAAUCUACCAAGUGAAGGACUUUUUUCUGUGUGCCAUAACUUUAGAAUAAGAGUUGGCCACAGUCUGGAACAACAGUUAAGCAAGAUCUUGUUGACUGAUGGCUGGUAGUUGGGUGGUGAAGAGAUUUUUACGAGAACAACUUGAACUUAUUAUGGUGCUGUCACAGUAGUGCUACAUGUAGGAGAGAUUUUGUGAAAGGUAAAUUGAUGAAGUUGUGAAAACAUCCAAAUAUCGAUCUAUUAUAAAUUGAUAAUGUACAUGUUGUUCAAGUUGUUCAAGUUGUUCUUGUUGGGCAAUUUAAGCCGACCGGUCAAUCACACAAUUGUCUUUGGGACCUGGCAGAUAAUGAUGACUAUUCUGGUUGUGCACUUGGGGUAAUGGGUAUGUAAUGGGCAGAUCCAAAUGCACAUUACAAACAUUACCGAUACUUGGCUUUGGCCUGACUGGUGUUCAAUGAUCCUGAGCCAAAAUCAUCACACUGAAAGGUAUAUUUUACCCGUCGGCUUUAAACUCCAUAUUAUCUCUGAAAAACCAGUUGAUGUAAAAGCCAAAGGGCGGCUUUAUCAUAUUCUCAAGAUGAUUGCAUUUGGCUAGGCUUUGUUUAUUUCUUCAAAUUACCGGAAUGACUUCAAAGCAAGAAGAAUAGUAUCCAUUCGUGUUUGUUUUGUUAACAAUUCAAGAGGGAGCUAAACUGAAUAAAGUUUAACUUUGGCUAUAACUACGAAAUAUUUUCAAUGAGCGUUCUCUUGAUGAAUAUUAUCUGAUUUUCCUCAAAUCUCAUCUGUAAUCAUCCUUCUUGGUCUCAGGCAUUCUAUACAUCUGGCGACUUCAUGUAACUUUGAAAAAAUUGAUAACGCCCCUUAUAAAAAUAUAAACCUCUGCUUACAAGUGUGAGCUAUAUAGCUGUCUUGUAGUCUGCGAACUGUGCAUACCGAUAUGUUUUGCAAUCAAUAGUGGCAUACUGUGAAAGAUAGCGUCUGCCAGCUUUUACGUAGAAGAAAAUUUAGGGGCCGCUAUAAAGUAUUAAUCGUUAAUAUUGUGCAGGCAGACAAAGUAAGCCAUAGCUUGCAGUGACAGGACUCAAAUUGAUCUACAUUCAUGGUUUUAAAUUCAGUAUCUUGUUUGUAAGAGAAAUUGACCAAGGCCCUAGUCAUCGCAGAGGCCGAAGUCUAGGCCAUGCAGCUUAACAUGAUGACGAUGACGAUGAUGAUGAUGUCAAUGGUGAAAAGAUGUAAAUGAGAAUUAGCAAGUUGAAUAUUUUCACCAACAACUUGUAGUGUGUCAAACAAUAUAGGGCGCACUGUGGCCUGCAUAACGGAAUGAUUCAUAAUUUACUCCUCAUAACUUGGCAUGUUAGUCCCUGUUCAAUAAAAUAACACAAGUUAGAUCAAUUCGUGUCCAAAAUAGAGGCAAAUGAGUAAUGUUGAUAGGCUUCAAUCUUCCAUGUUGUAUUACUCAUUGUAUUUGUAGUAACAUACAUUCUCUCUUCCCGUAAUGGAUCAUUUAAGAUUUUAAGAAGUCAUCUAUGGCUGUGUUAAUUUGGUAUUAUUUUCUUACCGAGAAGAGCUUUUCUGAGAUACAGCACCCUAAGUCAUAUUGCUUUCUUCCCCAUUGCAAUGUUCACAUGCUUGAACAAAGACUCUUGUGGUGAUUUAUAAAAUUGCAAACUGCUGAACCUCUUCUUUGCAUGUGUAGUUCAUGCAUUUAUACUGUAUCUCGCCUGUUUUCGCUUCAGUUCACCUGAAAUAUCUCAUACCAGUUCUUGCAUUUUAUUCAAAGUUACUGCCUGCAAAUUAAGGGACCAUCUCAUCUUUGAUACCACAAAAGUAUAAUCUGUCUCUUGUUCAGCAUCGGGCCCCCUCAAAAGACAAAACAGGUAGACACAUUGGCAUCAUGGAGUCUUCUGUGGUAUCAAUUGAUUUUGAUAUUGUCUAUACGGUUACCAUUAUCUUUUUGAAUCAUUGAUGCCAACUAUCACUUUGGCACAAUUUCAAGUUUCAUAAUGGUACUCAAAAGGAUGCCCAGUGGAGGUCAACUAUGAUACUCCUGUGUGAGGUUCCAGUACUCACUUACUCGAGUAAGAGAGAAAGAAUAUUUAGCUUCAAUUAUCAAGCCAUGUUAAAACUUCCAUCAGUAGCAUAGUAGGUCCUUGCCUGGGUUCUUUAUGGGUGAUUAUGUGCUUUGUUAAGUGCCAUGCAAAUAAGUGAUUUUUGUCAAUGCGACCUGCAACGUUGCUAUCACAACAUAACAGUUGUGGUUGGAAUGUGGCCACCGAUUGGUUAAAGUGUAAUCGCUUGUUAUGUUGCCAUGGCUUUGUCGCAGAUCGCAGUGACUAAAAUCACUUGUUUGCACGGUGCUUUAAUUAUGACGAACUUACAACGAAAAGGAGGUGGCUCUUGCGUCCUUACACUAUAAACCCACCUGUUCUGAAGUCUUUGCAUAUAUUUAUUGAUAUAUAUGAUGUAUCCUUACAAACUAUUUACCUCAUGUAUUUACUCGUAUUCAAUACAUGAACGUAUCAAUGUCUCCUUUAUCUAGCUUUUGAAAGUUCUUUAUUUUCUGGGUAAACUAUCUUUGCCAAUGGUAGCAGUGCUAAAUGAACUUGUUUCUGUAUAAUUUUCUCAUAGUAAUCUACAAAAUGCCCAAAUGUUAGCCAAUGUUGAUUUAAACAUCUUCAUGAAGCUGAAAAGGGCUUGAAAUAAGUUAUUUUUCUGCUUUGGCUGUCAAUCCAACGCGUCAUACAUGAGGACAGGUAUUCCUGAAAAUUCCAGUGUUCCUUGGUCAAACUGCCCGCUGUCCAUCACGUUGUCCAUGAUUAUUGGAUUAACUUCUGAUUUGAAGCAGAGCACUGGCUACUAGUUUACAUACACAAUUAUAUUGUUAAUCAGGCUACCUAUUUAUUUCAUAUGUAAUGCCUAGCAUCAUAUCGGUACUAUUAUAAUAGAUGUAUCUUUUUUACCUGUUGUCAUUUUCCCGCGAGAAAAUUAUUAAUGCUGGGAUUUAUAGGGGUUCUGUUAUUUUACUGUUUAUCAUAAUGUGUAUUGUCGGACCAUAUUCGGAAUUGUAUUUAUGUCUUCUAUAAUAUCAAUCAUGUAUAAUAGUUGGAGUGUUAAUGAUACUACCAAAAGGUUUUAGAAGUUUUCUGAUGGGUUUAGGAUUUUAAUUUGUGCACUCAGGUACUACUGCUGGAUGUGAGAACCAGUGUACUAUUUGUUUCGUUGGACAAAUAAUAAGCUUUCUUUAAAAGU